UUCUCGAAGACAUCCACUAUGAUACCACCUCACAUGCUGAAAAUCCCCCCUCGAGUCAUUGCCGUUGGAUCCACUCGAUCAGCUUGACAUGAUCGUCGUUGUGUCACAUCGCGCCCAACACCCAGUCACGCUCUGCGAACAGGCAGCGUGUGCGCUUUGCGACGGCCGCGUAAUGCCGGGAAACGCAACUUCGCCCGCUCCCGUUUGGCCAUGUAGCGUUAUGCCUGCCAAGAGUGUGUAGACGUUCCGUUUGAUAAGACCAAGGCAAGGUCUGCGUACUCUGCGAAGACUGUUGAGCUUGUCUCAACCGCGUGCGACGGAUAGUUUCUUCCAUUUCCGGCCAUUUUCGCUACUUUUGUACCUGCCUUUCCUUGUCUGUCAAACAUCAUUGUUGCACCAUCUCUCCUACUUUGGGUCUUCUAAAGACCUGCAUAUGCACUAUGCCGUCAAUCAUCUCGACAAAUGACACUUCCGGCGUAGUCAAGUUCACAAAUUGCCUAUUGGUAAAAGGCAAUGAACUUGUCAAAGAGGAUCUUUGGGUGAGCUCGGUGAACGGCAAGAUCCUGAAUGGGCAAGAGAUACUAUACGAGCACCGGACGGCGCCAGAGGAGAUUGUUGAUCUCGGCGGCCGCAUACUGUCCCCUGGUCUCAUUGAUACACAGCUCAAUGGCGCAUAUGGAUUCGACUUCUCAGUUAUUCCAGAAGAGGGCACAGCGGCAUACGGCAAGGGAGUCCAUCGAGUAAACAGAAAUCUGAUCGCGACGGGUGUCACGUCGUACUUGCCGACAUUGACCUCGCAGCCGCCAGAGGUUUACCAGAAGGCUCUGCCCUUCCUAGGCCCUUCAGGCUCCGCUCGCGACCCAUCUUACGGCUCUGAAUCUCUCGGCGCCCACUGCGAAGGACCCUUCCUGAGUCCAACCAAAAACGGUAUCCACAAUGCCUCCGUCCUCCGCUCGCCUGUCAACGGCGUCUCAGAUCUAUCAGACUGCUAUGGCGCCUCCAACCUCCAGCCCUCCAUUAUCAAGCUCGUCACUAUUGCCCCUGAACUUCCCGGUGCCCUCCCCGCCAUCCAAGCCCUCACUUCCCAUGGCAUAACUGUCUCCAUCGGUCAUUCCGAAGCCUCUUACGAAGAAGCAAAAGCCGGCAUCAAGUCUGGUUCAAGCAUGAUCACACACCUCUUCAACGCCAUGCGCCCUCUCCACCACCGAAACCCAGGCAUCUUCGGCCUACUCGGCACCCCAUCUUCCUCGAUCCAAAAACCGUACUUUGGCAUCAUCGCAGACGGCAUCCACCUCCACCCAACUUCGAUCAAGAUUGCAUGGAACGCACACCCCGAGGGCCUUAUCCUCGUCACAGACGCGAUGCGCCUCGCAGGCAUGCCAGACGGCACUUACGACUGGACAAACGGGUCGCGCAUCAUCAAGCAUGGCGCCAUGCUUACUUUGGAAGAGAACGGGAAGAUUGCUGGGAGCAGCAUACAACUCGUCGACUGCGUAAGCAACUUCUUGAACUGGACGGGUGCGAGUGUCCCGGAGGCGCUGAAGGCGGUUACAGAGACACCGGCGAGGAUGCUGGGUAUGCAAGACAUCAAGGGCACGCUGAAGGAAGGCGCUGAUGCAGAUCUUCUCGUUCUCGAGUUGCAAGGCAGCGCCGUGGGUGAAGAGAGGAAGUUGGUUGUCGACGAGGUUUGGAAAUUCGGGGUCAAGGUCUUUGAGAGGGCGGCGAGCGCUUGAACAUACCUGCGCAGCUUUGGUGGAGGAUUGUUACUUUGCUAUUUCAUGGAUUCGGCGCUUGUUAGAAUAUAGAUUGCAGACGGCAUUUGCGACUUUGAAUCCCUAGGCCUGGCUUUGAGCCAUAGAAUUAGAAACCUCUCAGAUACCCUUUAGACGCAUGAACAAUUACAUUGCAAUGUAUGGUUUACC